UAUUAAUUUAUUUAGAGUGCAGACAGAAUGCAAGGGUGCAAGCGAGGCAGUAGCAGCAGCGGAGGUUGCGCGGACGGGCCGCGCGGGGGCGCGAGGGUGCAGGUGCACCUGGGCGGCGGCCGGCGCGGCACCCGGCGGCCCCACGUGCCCGGGCUCGGCGCGUUUGCCUCAGUCGCUAGUGAGCCGCCGCCGCUGCCGCCGUCGAGCCGUCGAGCCGUCGCCCGGCCCGCGCCCGCCGUCGCGCCGACAGCGACAGGUGGCGCCUACGCCCGCCGCCCGCCGUAUCCCGCACGCCGCCUGCGCGCUCCGCUCUCGUGCCCGUCUCGACCCGCUCGCCGACUUCACAUGUUAAAAUGUAUACGGCCGGCUUUAACAUGAAACUUUAAUAAUACAAUAGUUCAUAUAUCUUUGUGCGGUGCGAAUCUGUUUUGCAGCCCCAAAAUGAUCAGAUGAUCAAGUGCCUGAAGUGGAUAUGGAUUUGGAAAUGAUACCGUAUACUUUUGGAUUUUAAAAUAUCAAUACCAGCAAUCACUCUUUGAAUUGUGAUAGCAAGAGGGUGAUCGCCAUAGGUGUAUGUGCGAAGAAGCUGGCGGCAUGGCGCGGCGAUGACGGGGCCAGCGCCACGCGGCAUGCCCUGCUGACAUGGCACGCAGCCGCUCCGCCCUCCUUUCGCUGGCAGCUCUCGCAGCACUCGCCGGGUGUUGUGUGUGCGCGCCGCAAGGCAGUGUGCAGGGCGGCGUGCAAGGCGGCGCGCAAGUACCGCCUGGGGUGCCGCACUCGACUGCGCCGCCCGCCGGUGUCGGCGGAGUACGCAGAGGGCGAGGAUACCGAGACUGGCGGACACGAGGGGACCCGACACUUAUCAACUCACUCUGGCGCAGUCGGCAGCCACUCGGCAUUCGGAAGCAGCUAGGAAACGCGGAGGUAUACAUAGUGCUAGCGUUGCUGAUAGGAUUCGUGACAGUAGUGGUGGGGUGCUGGCUAUCAGACAACUGCUGGUCGCCGGAGCCGGAGGACGCGCUGGCGGGCGGGUGACCCGUGGCGGCGGGCGCGUGCACGCACGUGUAGCGCCCGCCGUCCGCGGCGCCGGACAGGGACAGUCCCUCGGGGGCGGGCUCGCUGUCGCCGGUGCUGCCGCCGCCCGCGCCGCCGCACGCGCGCGCGCCCGCCUUCCUUCACGCCGCGCGACACCUCUGCAAUGGCACCUGCCUCCGGUUACCCUGUGACAGGAGACACAAUCCUCCAGUUUUUUGACCGGAGCCCCUGCACCGCUCCUGUCAUGUUCACGAAAAAACUAAUGGGAAUCAUAUUCCCACAAUAGCUAACGGUGGAGUUUGCGAUAACGAAUUGAUUACGUAACGGAAUUAUUGCUCCGCUUUUAAUAUCGUGCAUGCGUUGUACAUAGUACACGGGGAGUGAUCUCAUUUUGUGAAAACAGUGAUAAAGUGCAGGUAAUAGUUCAAGUGAACUACAAGAGCUUCGAAUUACAUUUUUAUGUACUUAUUCAUUAUUAAUUAUUAUAUAGUGUAUGUAAAAUGUAUUGUAAUUGUAUUACAGGUACUACGUGAUGUACCCAGCGCUCGGGAUUAGUAAUGUAGCGGAUUCACUAUACUAUUAUCGGAUCUGUCAUCGUAGGGUACGCUUUUAGAGGUCUUUCUAAUUUGAAUUCAUCUGAUGUAACCUUAUCCGAACGUGGUGCGGCUGUAUUUUCCCUUUCAAUGUACCACUUAACUAUUAUUUCUAAAAGUAUGUGCCUUGAAACGCUUUCCUCGACUUGACUUGUAGUAUAGAGCGUGUUUCGAAACAUUUAGGAGAAAUAUCUUCUCUCUGUCUGUAUGAGUACUACAGACAAGUAACCCCAUAAGUGCAAUACACAUCAUGACCGUGCCUUUACCGUUCUAUAGACUUUGAGAGGGACGUAAUUAACAAUAGGUUUUUAAAAUACGCUUUCCUCGAUGGAGGGUCACCUACCAACGAUUACUUUUGUAUUUUUGUAAAAUGUCCAGCUUGGUUUGUUAUGUUUUGUAAUAAUUAAGACGCAGUUAAUAGUAUGUAUAAUAGAGGAAAGUGAGUUAGGACCAAAAAGUCUUUCAAUAAACGUGCGUCAAUUGGAUAAAUCUUUACGAAAUUACCAUCACAAUAGGAUAAGAUGUAACUGAAUAACAACGACAUAAAUUCAUGACUAAUGUAGAAUUUCGAUACUUUUUUGGCAAUUUUGUAUACAUACUCACAUAAUAUAAUUGUACAUUUGUGUAUUGCAGUUUAUUGGUAAAAAAAUAAUCUAGCCUCUUACACAUACACUUGUGUCCAAAAAAUCAAAAUUAUAAGUAGAUAGACAUAAUUUUUAAAAUAUGCCAAUCGUUUUACUAAUAACCGUAUCCAAUCAAAUGACACUAUAAACAGCUAUGCCUAUUGUAUUCCUCUGAUUUCUUAUUACAAUAAAUUAAAAAAUUAAAUGAGUUUUGUUCGAUACAUGUGUUAUAAUAUAAAUGUAAUAAAAGAAUUUAAAGGACAGUAAUAGAUUCCGCGUCUGAAAAUAAUGUCAUUUACACAAUUUAAAGUAUACCUACAUUGAAAUCAUAUUCAUUUAAUUCAAACUUAACUUUCUAAAAUAAUUAGAUAUUUAAAAUAAUUUGUCUUGUCUUCUUACAAUGUGCCAAAAAAUAAAAAAUAAAGUAAAUACACAAAGGAUGUGACAUUAACUAAAUGUAUUUCCAACUCAUUUUUAUCUUCAUUAUAGGUUGCCUCAUAUUCACUUAAUUAGCGGCAACACAGCUAAACCUUUGUAUAUUUUAUACUCAUAAGAUCAAUCGACGCGUAGAUCUCUAGAAUACCAUAGAUAGAAUUUAAAGAUGACAUUAGAGAGGCUUAAAUAUUUAAAACUCAUUGCGGUUAUAACUGCUUUUAGUACUUUUAGAUUUUACCAAUAUCUAUACAAAAACGCACGAACGUUUAGUCGUUAAUAGGCAUGACAUUUUAACCUAAGUAUAAACCCAAUUAAGUUUUUAUUUGUGCCAUAAGAACGCUUUGUGAUUUUGAACGACUGUAUGUAAUGUGUUGUAAUAUUAUAAUAAUGCAAGGAGGAUUAAAUGCUUCAUUUUUACUGAGUCAGGUGUCCCUUAUGUCCGUGAUUUUAAAGUAUACCUAUGAUGUUACUUGUACAAUCUAUACGCCUAUAUACAGAUACUACAUGAAUCUUCUUCACGCUAGAGCCCUUUACAAGUCGCUUUUUCUUCGAGUUACAAGCCAAGAUAUUCGUCAACGACUUGAUUCAAGAGUGGCAGAAAGGAUAUUUGUCCUAACAUAAAAUAUAUAGAUGAAAUAAAAAUAUUAGAUAUGACAGGAAAACGAACAAUUAAAUUCUUUGUUAUACAAACGUCUUAACGUACUUAUACAUUCAUUGUCAGUAUUUGUCGUGUUUCUAUUAUAUGUAAAUAAAGAUAUCGAAUGCUCAUGUUUAGUUGACUCAAGCUCAUACGAUAUUAUACAGUGUAUAUUUUGCACUAAUACAAUAAUAAGUAUGUUGAUUUACAUUAAAAUAUUCAUCAUAGAAUUAAGGAACCCGACUGAAUAGUCAACAUUUUUACGCAUUGUAAAAAUUGACGUUAGAGUAGUAAAAUGUAGAUAAACAUUUUAUUCGAGCGAACAGCAAAGUUUUUGAUGCGUAGACAUGGAGUCUGUACCCGUGUUCAGUCGAUUAGAAACAUUCCAUUAUCUGUUUUUAUAAUAUAUUUGUGUAUGUGGAUAUUGUUAACUUUCACGUCAUACAUUUUAUGGGACGCAGGCUCUGUGUCUAGUUGAAUGUUAUUGCCUAUUUUAUUUAUUAAAAUUUUCUCUCUUGUGGUUGACUGAAAUUAUUAAGUUUCAAAUAAGUAUAUAAGGAAUCACUUAUUGUGUAUAAUUUUAAAUUUGAUCUAUUCAUAUUCUAUGUAUUAUAAAGCUAUUAAAAUAUUUUAAUAAGUAUGUAUCUAUUUUUCUAUGGUCGAGCAUUUUCACUUCUGAUAUAUCUACUUAUACUUAUUAGUGUUAAAAUAUAUUUUCUCGUCGUAAAUUAGGUAGUGUAUACAACGUAUAUUAUGUUACGGUUCUUAUACGGUGGUUUAUAAUUACAAUAUAAUAAUUCACUUACAUUUUAUAUUUCUCGUAUGUCGUAAAUUAUUUCCUUUAAUUUUUUCAUAUUUGAAAGUCUGGUUGGCUUGGCUGAAUUAGGAAUUGAGAGAACUCAUAAGCUCAAAAUAAUACUUAGCGAUAACAUAUACAUUAUUGUAUGUCAUCAUUUGUCACGAAUAAAUUUAAAUAAAUGUAAUAAUAUAAAA